UUGCUGCAGACGGCUCCCAUAAUAUUUUUAGCACUUGGUCGCCUGUUGCUUCUUUGACGCGGGGGAGGGGGUAAAGGCAAGAGCCGCUCCUUACCUCAGAUUGAAGAUUGUUUAAGAGCUCAUGAAAAGUUCUUUUUUCGCUAUUUUUAAGUUUCUACGGGGAUAUAUACUUGCUAAAUCGUCAAAGUCGUUAAGUUGGCAACACUGAAACCAAAUAGCAGACGCUGCUGCACAGACCGGAAUGGAGCUUCAAGAUGACCAGAGUUAAAACAAAAACAAAACAAAACAAACAAACAAAAAAAAAAAAGACCUCAGAAUGAAGAGCAAAGUUUGAUUAAUUUCUGAUGGUCUUCCUCGCAGUUUUAAUCCUUUUAGGGACAGGACUGACGGUAAACAGCGAGAAGCACUCUCUGACUUACAUCUACACGGCCUUUUCCAAGCCUGUGAAACUUCGGGGUAUCCAUGAGUUCACAGCCGCCGGCCUGCUGGAUGGCAGGAUGAUUUACUACUAUGACAGUGAAGGACAGAAAACACUUCCUAAACAGGACUGGGUGAAAGAGGGACUUAACCCAGAAUACUGGAAAACAUGCACACAAUCCAGAAACUAUCAGCAGUGGUUAAAGAACAACAUGCACAUCUUAAUGAACCGAACAACACAAAAUGACCCAGAUAUCCAUGUUCUUCAGUGGAUGCGUGGCUGUGAAGGUGAAGUUCAGUCAGACGACUCGCUGAAGUUUGUCCGUGGAAUGGACAUGUACAAUUAUAAUGGAAAUGACCUCUUGUCCUUUAACAUUGUAAACCAAGUUUGGGUUGCUGACACAGAUAUAGCUGACAAAAUGAAGGAAAGCUUGGAUGUAGACAAGGAAAUCACAUUGAGCUACCUGAAGAAGGAGUGUAUUGAAUCCCUGAGCAAGUUCAUGGUAUAUAGAAAAAAGCAGCUAUUUGGAGCACCUAAACCUGAUGUUUUCAUGUUUGCAAAGAAGGCCAAGGAGGAGGAAAAUAUAGUUUUGACAUGCCUGGCCACAGGUUUCUAUCCUAAAGACAUCGUCCUGCAGAUCAGAAGGAAUGGCCGUGUCCUUAGUAAGGAGGACGGAUUGCAGACCACUGGAGUUCGUCCAAAUGAAGACGACACCUUUCAGAGAAAAGAUGAGGUGGAGAUUCUGAAGGCUGACAUGUCUGAUUACACCUGUGAAGUCAUUCAUAAAGCCUCCAAUCUGAGUGUUGAGAGGAAAUGGGAUCACAGGCUUCCUGAUGAUGGUAAAAUGAAUGCUAUUAUCAUCACUCUUGGUGCACUGCUUCUGUCUGCUGGCAUUGUUGCAGUAGUGGUGUUUAUCCUGUGCAGAAAACAAAAGCCCCAAGGCUCAAAUUCACCUCCCACCCAAGUGUCUGCUUCCUGUGGAAACGACCCGAAACAGAGGUGGAAUUUUUCCAUGUGCAGCAAGGACAGUGGACUAUAUUAAACAAGGAAAUAUAUUCAUGAAAAAACUAUAAAACCUACAAACAUUAAACAACUAAAUGUGUAUGUUUUUUUUUUCCUGAAGAGAGGACAUUAUCUCUACUCAUCUUACUUUACUAAAAGUCAUAUUGGUUCGAUAGAAUAUUUUUCCCAUGGUAAAUGGGGAAAAUAUACCAUGUGAUACCAUGUGAUGUCAAACUAGUUACAGUAAGUCAAGAUAUUUAAGUAACUGAAUUAUAAACUAAUAUAACUGCAGUGAUAAACUUAAAUGUUUGAGUCAUAUUAUGCCUUUUAUUGUCAGUAACAUCACUGUCGUUGUUCUCUGUUUUCCUUUUUAAAAAAUCUUUAAUUUACGUCCAAAGAUAUUUGGAUACACCCUCAUCAUAGGUUAGACUUAAGAAGUGUUUAGUCUAAGUUCUGUCCUAUAAUUCCUUGUGGCCAUACACUGAUUUGUGUGAAUAAAUUUAAAGUCAGCAGGAUGACUGUGAUCAGCCUGUGACAACAUAUUUCACCAUUGGGCCUUUUCUUUUUCUUUCCUGUUACUGAGCCCUGUGUAAUUAAGUGAUAGGUAACAAUAUAUAUAAACAUACUAAUGUAUCAUAAAAUCUGUGUGAAGCGGGAUAAAAUGGAAUCACAU